GCUUUCACCUCGCACCUUCCGGGUGUCCUUCCUGUGUGAUGGCUGUUGGUGAACAGUCAGGAAGUAGAGCACUAGCUGGCCCUCGGCGGGAGGUGACUCCACCUGCAGGCCCUCUGCUGGUGCCCAUGCUGCCACCUCUGAGGUGGGCAUGGCUUCCCUGCUUCACUAAAGGAUGGCACACCCCAGCUGGCUCCAGAGAACUGGGGAAUUGCCAUGGUUCCUGCUCGCGUGGGUGUGAAUCCACUCUGUUUCCACCACUCUGCUCCCUCAAAUAAAUACUACAGCUCCUUCCUCCAUGGAUCCUACGGCUUCGUGAGCGGUAGUAACUGCAUCUGGCUUUUGUUAGAGCAGGAGUUCCUACCUGGGGGGGGGGGGGGUCCCCUUUAAGAAUCUUGAUGAGAGCUAUGAAGACCCCUCCCGAUCAAUACACAUACCACUCAUGCCAUUUUGCAUAGUUUCAGGGGGUGAAUGGACCCCUCAGCGCCCACGGGCCCCCAACUAAGAAUUAAGCCCUCCCUGCAGAAAUGAAGCGUCAGGCAGUAGGAAUGUUCUAGAUCAGUGAGAUGAAAAGGGAAGGCAGGGCUGUUAGGGAAGGGGCGGCUUCUCCCUUUGCACACGGCACUCGCUGGGUGGCAUGCGGCUCACCCGGGUCCAUGUGCCUCCCCGCCCCCUUUAGCCCGGACCCCAGUGAAAGCCACCACGAGGGAAGUGCACUCCAGCGCCAGGUGUGUGCAGGGCUGUGGGGGCUCCAACAGGAAGCGCCUGUCUGGACAGGUGGGAAGCAGGGCCCAGUUCUCUACAACUUUUCAGAGACCGUGUGCAUGUGACUGAUGAGCACGAUUCAGGUUCAGAUUCAGAAGCCCUGCCUUGAGCCCCAGUUGUGUGUGUGGGAAGCCUGGUCUUGUGUGAUGACUGUGCACCUGUAAGGACAAGGGUUCUCGGGGCUCAGUACUUGGACUCUGCGGGAGAGCAGGAACUCGGGGUUCUCUGUGCCCUAUUCGCUUAGGGAAUUGGAGUUAUUGUUAAGUAAAACGACUUGAACGCUAGGACUGUCUGCAUAAGGACUUGCCUUUGGUUUCUGUGCUGCAGGCCAGUGUUUACCAGCGUCCAUGUUCAUGAAAAUAUGUGCAAGGUUGAAUAUUCAAAGCUGUAUGUAUGGGGAUGUAAAGGACUUUUUUCAAGAUGUCCUCUGGGUCUGAUGAUGGGCCUGGUGCGUGUGAAGCUGUUUACGGGAUGAUGAGCGCCUGCGAUGGGAGGGCCGACUUUCAGGGUCUGCGUCCUGUUCUGACCGCUGAGCUCCAUGUUGGUUGAGACAAGAGGGUGCUUCGCCCUCUGGAGGAAUCAGAGUGUACGGACCGGACCUUAUGCCUUUGGUCACGAGAGGCCAGGCUGCAGAAGACGUCAAUGUUACUUUUGAAGAUCAACAAAAGAUAAACAAAUUUGCACGGAAUACGAGUAGAAUCACAGAGCUGAAGGAAGAAAUAGAUGUGAAAAAGAAACAACUCCAGAAUUUAGAAGAUGCUUGCGAGGACAUCAUGCUUGCAGAUGAAGACUGCUUAAUGAUACCUUAUCAGAUUGGUGAUGUUUUCAUUAGCCAUUCUCAAGAAGAAACACAAGACAUGUUAGAAGAAGCAAAGAAAAAUUUGCAAGAAGAAAUUGACGCCUUAGAAUCCAGAGUGGAAUCCAUUCAGCGGGUGUUAGCAGAUUUGAAAGUUCAGUUAUAUGCAAAAUUUGGGAGCAAUAUAAACCUUGAAGCUGAUGAAAGCUAAACAUUUUAUAUUACCUUUAAAAUUUGUUUAAUAAACUUGAAUAUUGUUUAAAUGAUAAUUUUCCUUUUUCAAAUGAUAUGGAAAGCAAAACUUUCUUUUUUAAAAAAGAUUUCAUUUAUUUAAUGGAAACUUGCCUAUUUUCACAUGUCUUGCUUAUUUAUUUUAUAUUUUUAAAAGAAGACAGUAUUCAUCUAUGUAUUUUGCAUAAUGAUUCUAUCAAGUGUAGGGGUUUUGUGUCAUGUUAUUAAAAUCAGUUAAGCAAU